GCGGGCGCCCGGCGCGGCACAGUUAUGGGUGAUGAGUCGGUACCAUUUUUGCUGGACCAAGGAACCACUAAGACUUACCAAAUACCUAUUAGUCAUCUGGACUGCACGUUCAUUGAAAAAUGCACAGAUGUUAAACACCUGGAAAAGAUUCUUUGGGUAUUAAGGUCUGGUGAAGAGGGAUGUUAUCCUGAGCUUACAUUGUUUUGUGAAAAGCGUAUUGAGCGUUUAGAUCCAAGGAGCAGAGCUCUGAGAAAAGAUAAGCCUGCAGCCACAGCUUGUGAUUUCACAGCUGAAGAAUGGGAAACAAUUAAUGGUGAAUUGAUGACCUGGGAGACAGAAAUGAAUGAAGAUAAUACGGAAUCACAGUUAAUGAGAACAGACACACUGUUUGAAAGGGAAGGUAACUUGCCUCCUAUUCGUUGUUCCAGCAGCUGUCUUCCUGCUAAUCAGAACAAAAAGUUGCAAAACAAACAGAGAAACAAGAAAAACAUACCACGGGAUUACAGUGAAUGGGACAAGUUUGACGUGGAAAAGGAGUGUUCUAAAAUUGAUGAAGGCUUUGAAGAAAAUAACUCAAAAGCAAGGUUCUGUAGUAGGCCAAGUCUACCUAUAAUCAAAAAGAAAAUAGACACAACUGGCAUGACAAAGAAAGAGAAGAUUUUUAUUGCUACUCGUGAAAAAGAGAAGGGUAAUGAAGCCUUUGCCAUUGGUGAUUAUGUGGAAGCAGUGACUUAUUACACUCGGAGUAUUUCAGUAAUACCCACUGCAGCUGCAUAUAAUAACAGAGCUCAAGCAGAAAUCAAACUUCAAGAUUGGGACAGUGCUUUGCAGGAUUGUGAGAAGGUACUAGAUAUGGAACCUGGCAAUGUAAAAGCUCUGAUGCGCCAUGCCUCUGUGCACAAUCAGCUGCAGAAUUACCAGACAGCUGUAGAGGAUCUGAAGAAAGUAUUAUGUAUUGAACCAGAAAAUGCUAUAGCUAAGAAAAAUCUGCUAGAGACUGAAAAGAAAAUGAAUGGUUUAAAACCUGCAACUGAGACUCAAGGCAAAGGAAGAAGAAUACUUAUUCAAGAUAUAGGGGAUUCAGAAGAUGAUGAAGAAGGAGAGGAAAAUACAGAAGAGCAGAAAAGAAGCACUGGAGAUAAAGAAAUUGGCGUGCCAGUAAGAGGAGAGGCGGCUGCCGGGCAGGCAGCGAUGGGGAACGCGCAGAGAAAGUUUCACAGCAAAGGAGGGGGCAGUAAAGCGGAAGACAGAGAGACACAGAAGCGGAAGGAAUCCCCGGAGAGCCGAUUUAAAAAAGGCACAUCAGAGAAGAAAACACAAAAGCAUUUGUCAGACCACGAAGAAGUUAAUGGCUAUGUACAGAGUGAUCAAAAGAGUGAAAGUCCUGAAACAGAGGUCUGCCGAUCGCAGGGAGCAGCAGGUGGUGGCGAUUCUACUUCACUUCCUCCUAUUGCAGCAAAAUUCAAAAGUGAAGGGAACGAGCUCUUUAAGAGUGGACAGUUUGGAGAAGCUGUGCUGAAAUACUCUGAAGCAAUUGAGCAUGUCGUCAGUCUAGGAGAACAAAGUCCAGAUGAUUUAAGUAUCUUGUACUCAAACAGAGCAGCAUGUUACCUCAAAGAAGGCAACUGCAGUGACUGCAUUCAGGAUUGUAACAGAGCUCUGGAGCUUCAGCCCUUUUCCCUUAAGCCUCUUCUACGACGGGCAAUGGCAAAUGAGUCCAUGGAGCGGUAUCGACAGGCAUACAUUGAUUAUAAAACGGUCCUACAAAUAGACAGCAGCAUCCAAGCAGCAAAUGAUAGUGCUAAUAGAAUAACAAAGACAUUAAUGGAUCAGGAUGGUCCCAGUUGGAGAGAGAAACUGCCACCAAUUCCAGCUGUUCCAGUUGCUGCUCAGCUACACAGGUGGGAUAGAGGAGACACUCCUUCAGAAAAUAAGCCAACUACUACAGAUACCAACAGAGAAGAACAGUUGCAGAUGAAUUGUGAAAAAGCUGAGGAGAAGUUCAAGACGUUAAAAAGUGAAGGGAAUGAUUUUGUAAAAGAGGGUAAAUAUGAAGAAGCUGUAAAUAAAUACAGUGAAUGCUUGAAGUUAAAUACUGAGGAAUGUACAAUCUACACUAACAGAGCUCUCUGUUACUUGAAACUGUAUAAAUAUGAAGAGGCUAAGCAGGAUUGUGAUCAUGUUCUUCAGAUAGAAGAUUCUAAUGUUAAAGCUUUUUAUAGAAGAGCACUAGCAUACAAAGGAUUACAGAAUUACCAAGCCAGCAUUGAUGAUUUCAACAGAGUGCUUCUAAUAGAUCCAGAUGUUCUUGAAGCAAAAAAGGAACUAGAGGAGGUAACCCAACUGCUGAACCUUGACAGCAGAGCUGUAGCUGGCAGUCAGCAAAAGCGAAGGAAGAAAAUAAACAUACAAGAGGUGACUGAAUCUGAUGAACUGGAAGAGAGACCACUUGCUACAUCAGAUGUUGUGACUGAUCACGUUACUUCUAAGGAAGCAGUUGAGAAGAGUGUGCCACUGAAGACCUCUGAGAAACUCUGUGUUUCUGAACCAUCUAAUGCUUAUGACUUUGGUCAGUUAAUAAAUGCAGUGAAUACCAAUAAGGAUAAAGCUGCUUGUGCAGAUCUUUUAACACUUACUGAUCCAAAAAAAUUGCCAGUGCUACUGAGUAACAAACUUGAAGGAGAAAUCUUUUUGAUUUUUAUCCAGUCAUUGAAAUAUUACAUAGUUGGAAAAGAUCCUGGCCUUGUAUAUCAGCACCUUUUCUACUUAAGCAAGGCAGAAAGAUUUAAGGUGGUGCUGGCCCUUCUUAGCAAAAAGGAAAAACAAGAGGUUCAGCAACUAUUUGACUUACUUUCAGAAAACCAAAAUCAUCAGUACUCUUUGGAAGAUCUUGAGAGCCUUAAAAAGGUGUAUGAACUUUAAGAAGUUAAAAUGUCUUUGUUGCAUGCAUAUAGUUCCUGUGUAUAAGAUGCAUGUAUGAACUCUGCAGACCUGCAGGGGUUGAGGUGGGUCUUUACCCAGGCUGUUUGGAUUCUAUUUUGGUUUGACAGCAUAUGCACAUUUAAAACUUGCUGCUCUUUUUUUCUUAUAGUUGUACACAUUUUUAAUCUGUAGAAUUUAGUGCAUGUUUUUGCACUAAACACUAGUUGGUGUUAUUUGGCUUACUGAUUUUAUUUAGACUGUUCAUUAUAUAGAGGUGAAAAUGUAUUUUACGUUAUAAUGUGAAAUACCUUGAUGGUACAAUAGAUAAUGACAUUUAGUAAUCUCUGAUAUAAUUUUCUGAGUGGUAUGUUCUUGUGAUAAAGAAGUGUCUUCAAGUGAAACGGGUCAGUUAGCAGUAGGUUUGCUAACAGGAGUUUACAAGAAGUAUUAACAUUUUCCAGAUAAACUGCUACAGACCAGCUGUUUCUUCACUACCCUUGCUCUAUACAAAACAGAUUAAAAUCCUUUUGGUGCAGUACAGCUUAGCAGCAAAGGUGAAUUAAUACUAUAUUAGCUUGGAAUGCCUGGAAUCAAAAUAAUUAAAUAAAUGGCUGUGUUUUUUUAAUUAUUCAUGAGCAAGUAAUUUUUAGUGCACAGAGAAUUAUUUUUUUCUGUGUGUGGAGGGACUGCUAGUUUGCAUGGCUUUUGAAGUGACUGAUAAACAGGAGAAGUGGCUGCACUUAGCAGUAAAAAUAUUUAACUCGAGUUUUGUAAUCAGAUUAUUUACAACACCAGCUAUUUCUCUUUAUAGACAUACUCACAAAGCUAAAAGUAAUACCAUUUUGUGGACCAGUAUGAUUUAUUUUUGCUAGUUCAGGCAGUACUUCCAUUUUAUAUUUUAUUCUAACAAAGCUCCUUUUUUCAAGAUGAAGCUUUUAAAUUUUUCCAAACACUCCAAUGCCUUCUUUGCACAUGUGAUAUAAGUGUGUAUCAAACUCACUAGCACUGCAGAAUUAUCUUUAAGAAUGUUGUUCUAAUGAAAAUUUCUCAGGUGUGUAUUAAUUUAAAAAAAAAUAAAAGUUUUUUCUUGAAAAGUACAA